CCUGCAAUAUACCUAUACCAGCUCAAUUUGCCGGGCACUUAGGCAUCCAGGAAGUCCCUCAUCUGACGCAAGGGAAAACAGUAAUGACGGGUGCACCUAGGUACAGGCAGAAGCAAACGAAGAGGCUUGUAAAGCAUCCUUAAAUGAGAACUUUCCCGGCUCGAUUCCCCGCCGUGUUCAUGCCCAGCAAUAUACUGUAUAGUACUGUACAGAUCUUGCCGAGAAAACUACAUUUCCCAGAAACCCGUCGUGGCGUUGGCUGGACAGUGCCAUAAACUGCGCCUAGACUAAUCUUGAGUGCCUCCUGUCAUGAGCAGAAACGAUGGAGCUGAAGGGGACCUGGAGCUUUGGAACUACUUUUCCCGGCGCUCCCCGCGACUCAGGCGGAAGCGAGGUGUGAGCCGUUGCUUGUAUUUCUCGGUUCUUUGGGUGCGUGGUCGCAGCUGGGUCGCGAAAGCAAACCUUGACCCUUGUGUGCGCGCAAUCCCUCUUGCGGCUGUUCCCAGGCGCUUCCCUGCAAGGGGCGAUCCCGCUACCCAUUUAUACGUUAUGCUAUCUAGCAAGUGUCACUUCCUUAUUGCUCCUCAUAUGCGCUUUAAUGGCGCGGUCGGGGGUGUGCACUGGGCAGCAGAACCCGCAGUGCUUGAAACUGCUUGCAAGUUGCUCUCUGGAACUGCUGUGGGUUCAGCUUCGCUCGACAGCCUGGAUCCAAUAGAUGUUUCGUGUGCUAGUUGAACAAAGAUGCGACCGGGGAUCCUGCAGCCAUGCAGGUGCUUCUGGACUCCAGCUCCCAUCAGCCUCAGCCACAAGGGGGAGAUGGCCUGGGUCAUGGGAGUUGUAGUCUAUCAGUAUCUGGAGAGCAGCAGGUGUCCCAGUUGUGCAAGGUAACUGUACUGUAUGUUGCUUACGAAGGCUGUUGCCGCAGCAAACCAAUUUAUCGCUUAAAUGCCAGCAGCUUUCUUGCGGCAGAGCACUGGACGUCACGGGACUUUGUGCUUUAUUGUUAACUUUAUGAGGCUGGAGUUGGUUCCUUGUUCAGCACGCAUGAGGGAGCAGCCUGAAUAUGGAACUGACGUUUGCACACUUCUGCGCCUUGCGAUAAGUUGUCGGCAGCCGCGUUUCACUUCCAGCGUCACCCCGAGAGACUGCCAGCUAUAAGUAGUGCCAUCUUAGCAUUCUCUCCCAUCCAAGGGUUGGUUUUUUUGUUUUGCAUUGGCUGCCGUUAUGUUCGUGAAACCGAGAGACGGUGAAAUUCAAGGCUAAAAGACGGAGUAGUUUGUCACAAGUUAAAUCUGUUCACCAGUCGAUGCCAGAAAUUAUUCUAAUUUAAAUAUCGACCCACAAGUGCUUAAAGUUCUCCCUCUCUUUGGAAGCAAAGGAAGGCAAAAGCAGCAACCACCUGGUGCGAUUUUCAAAAGGGGCUCUUUGGCAUGGUAGUGCAUCAGUGUUUAUUAGUUAUUGCCACAGUGGCCAUUUUCUGCUCUUCUCUUUGACCCGGCUUAUACUUUGCAGUAAAGCUAUAAGACUGUAAGUAAAAAGGUUGAUCAUAAAGAUAAAUGAUUCUAAUCGGGUAGCUGGUCAAAACAUGUUAGCAAAACCAUAUUUUGAAUGAAACAUUUCCAAAGUUGGCUGUAGUUUCUAUGUAUUUCUUUUCUUAUCUUACACCUACUUACCCUUGAUGUUUACACUUCCUUUCCUAAGGGUGUUUUAAUACUUUGUUCUAAAUCUAUUGAUGGGGGGGUUGUGUGUGUGUGUUGUUGUUAUGAAUUUGUGGGGGUGAGAGACACUCUAAAUUCCUGGGUCCAAUAAAAGUUAUAAUUAAUCAAGGACUGGGGAGUUAAAACUGCCGAGCACUGAACCAACAACAAUUCUAUACUGCCCUUCAUCCAAGGAUCACAGGGCGGUUUAAAAUAUAAAAGGACCAAAAUGCAUGCCAUAGUAACAAACAAAAACACAGUAGUUACUCUGUGCUGGAUAGCAGAGGGGUGUGAGCCCCUCCUCCUUCUAGAGAGGUAGAUAGUAAUACAAAUGGCCAUUUUUCAGUUGCAGUGGACUGAUGUAAGCAAGAGGGAAAAUAGUUUUGGGAGGGAAGCAGAGUCUCUGGAGAAAAGGCGGUCACAGCACAAUGUGGGCUGACAGUUUGAAUCCAGCGUGGCAGCAAUGAUAGAAACAGGGCCCUCCUGACCUGUAAAACUCCCCCAUAUAAUUGUGGGAAUUGUAGUUGUAGGUGCUGUUAAUUGUAGCUCGGUGAGAGGCAAACUACAAUUCCCAAGCUUAUUUUGAGGAAGCCAUGAGCUUUGAAUGUAAAUGUAUGGUACGGGUGUGCCCCCAAACUGAACUGGCAACUUUAAACAAUUUUUUGUGGGCUAUCCCCCCCACAGAAACCACACAGGACACAGCUGCUCAGCAGCUUUCACUUUUGCAUCAGCACAUUUUCCUCUUGGCGUACGUGGUGAGUUAAUGGCACAAAAGUUUCAGUAGAGCUCUCCAGUUCACGAGAAGAUGCUAGUAGAAGAUGCCAGCCAUCCAAACUGAGAGUCUGGCUGCAGUUAGACAAGAGACUUUUUUUUUUAAGACCCUAGAUUGUCAUUCACUUAACUUCCAGCCCACCUUUGUACUGUGAAGAGCAAUGUUUCAGUCAUUGCCAUAGUCUUUUAAUGCACACACUCUGCAAGCUUCUCACUUCUGUCUUGAAAGCAGAAGUUGGGAUGAUCUUGUGACCGUUGUCUCCCUCCAGGACCCAGUGGUUGCAGGUGCAGCAUCUGUGCAGGGCUGCUGGGUUGGUAGAAAAAGUUUGUGGUUUGCACCUUUCACUGUGGGGACAGUUCGUAAAUAAAUUUGAAAACUAAUGUGAGGCUAUCUGUUUUCUUAUGCAAUUGGCUGCAGUGACCUUUAUUUUUGGCUGAAACUCAGCUAUGGCUCUUAGAUCAAGUUGGAUCCAGUAGUAGCCAAUCUAACUUCACUUUAUGAGUGCCAGUGUUACUUACACAAAAGUUUGCCUUGGUUCACAGAAGAGCCUUGGAUAUCAGAAUUGGACAUAACACAUGGUAUCUGCUGCCUAACUAGAUUUAACUAAAUUGGAGUUGCAUCCUGCCAGAUCAUAUGAUCAAUUUAGUGUAGGUUCUGGUUCCUGAUCAACAACUGUGGGACUGUUUUGUUUCUCUGGAAACUUUCUCUUCAGUAACAUGUGUACUCCUUUGGUGUUUCUGUGCGACUUGGCUUUGGGAAGUAUGGAAUCAUCAGUACCAUUUACUUUCCGAAGGAAGUAAUUGAGCCUCCUUCUUUUAGUGGACAGGGGCUGCAGACAGUAGAAGCCCCUGCUGACACAGUUGGAUAUAGUCUGUGAGGUGUGUUACCCCAUUGGACAAGCUGCUGGUAACUGCCAGCCUUGACUUUUGCGAGAAUAGUGGUUAGAAUGUGAAUUGCCUUAACCAGCCUGGGGAAAUUCCAGAUCUACCUUCCACUUAGCUGUGAAGUUUUGAUGUUUCAUGGUCUGUGGUGGACAUACUAUUGAAAUCAGUUCCUCUGACCCAGCGUCUGAGACUCCACCCUAUUUUGGGUUACAAAACUGUGUGACAGAAAAACAGUUCUCUGCUGAAGGGAGGAAAGCAGAACUAGGUAGUAAGGAAAGGGAGGAGGCAAAAAUCUUGCUGGUGCCAGAACCAGCAGAUGGUUGGAUAGCUUUUACAGCUAGCUGGUCUCUUGCCUUCUCAGGUGUGCUCCCUGUGAACAGGAUGAUUCCCAGAGUCUCAUUCUUGCUGCUCUCAAUCCUACUGGGAAUUCUGGGGAUCUUGUGUGUGGUGUUCACAGUCUACUGGACCCAACACUGGCUUGGUGGCUUUGCCUGGGAUGGUUCUUCUCAGAUGUUUAACUGGCAUCCAGUUUUCAUGGUGACAGGCAUGUUGGUCUUGACUGGUGCAGGUAAGUGAAAAGAGGAUCCAAUCAUUUUCUGAUUUCCCCUCCUCCUGCCCCAGUAGCAGAACCGAUAUUAACAUCCUAUACAGUGGUAUCUCGGGUUAAGAACUUAAUUUGUUCUGGAGGUCUGUUUUUAACCUGAAACUGUUCUUAACCUGAAGUACCACUUUAGCUAAUGGGGCCUCCCGCUGCCACCGCGCGAUUUCUGUUCUCAUCCUGAAGCAAAGUUCUUAACCCGAGGUACUCUUUCUGGGUUUGCUGAGUCUGUACCCUGAAGCAUCUGUAACCUGAGAUACCACUGUAUCCUUUUAAGUGUGUUUGUGGGGGGGGGGUUUAUUUUAUUAUGUAUCUUGUGUUUUUAUCUUGUGUUUUUAUGCUGUGAACCACCCUGAGAUCAUUGGCUGAAGGGCAGUAUACAAAACAAGCAAACCUGGGAAUCAGUGACUUGGCUAUUUUGGCGGGGAUGUGGGAUGGGUGCCUGAGCCAUCUUGGCUCUAGUGACUUCUCCCCCUCUUUCUCCUCCAGCGGUGCUAGUGUAUCGCGUGCCCCUCUCUUGGUCAGGGCCCAAACUGCCAUGGAAGCUGCUGCAUGCAGGACUGACCUUGGCAGCAUUCAUCCUAAUUGUCCUGGGACUGGUGGCCGUCUUUGAAUAUCACAACAAACAGGGCAUUGCCAACAUGUACUCCCUCCACAGCUGGCUAGGGCUUGGUGCUGUGCUGCUCUUCUCCUGUCAGGUGGGUAAGAACCUAAGAAGCUGUAGCUUGGUGGCAGAGCACAUACUUUGCAUCGGGUGUGGGGAACAUUCACCCUCCAGAUGUUGCGGAACUACACUUCUCAUCAUCCCUGAGUAUUGGCCAUGCUUGCUAGGGCAAAUGGGAGUUGCUGUGCUGCAACAUCUGAGGGCCAAAUAUCCCCCACCCCUGUUUUACAUGCAGAGGGUACUUGGUUCAGUCCCAGUCACUUUUAUGUAGGGUCGGAGCAGGGGGAAACCUGUCUGAAACCGCCGCUUUUAGUGUUCGGGAGGGAUACACAAUCUUCAGGUUUGUUGGAUCUACUUUGGUUGUUUUUUUUCACAAGAAUCCCAAGAGCAACCAACCAGAGCUAGGUGCAAAAGACAUAUUUGGAAUUAAAUAAGGUGGUUGCCUCCUAGCACAAUCUCAGCCCAUGAAUCCCAGUACUGAGAAAGUUGCCAUUUGUAGAUCUAACCUCCUUGAAUUCAUCGUAAUACUUCUAAAAGCAAAGUAUUUUGGUGGGUUGUCACCAGUGCUUUUUUCUGGGGGACACAGGUGUACGCAUACCCCUAAACAUUUUGCGAAUUUAAUUUUGGCCUCAUUGAGGGGCAAUAUUUCAAUAUUAAUAGGAAAAUGAGAGUACUCCUAAACAUUUUUUUUAAGAAAAAAAGCACUGGUUGUCACCCACAUUGCAUAGAAAAUAUACUUUUGUCUUAAACCUGCGGCCUGACACUUCUUGUAUUUUGUGAGAGUGAAUAAUUUGUUGUAGCCACCCUUUUCAUAAAUAUUAGGUUUCCUCCCUCUUGGGUAAUCCCCCCCCCCUUAACCCCUUCACCGUGUGCACAUGUGGUAUUAAAAGUUUGUUUCAAACAUUUUAUUUGUUUUAUUUAAAAUGUUAUCUGUAAAAGCGCAGUAGAUAUUUGAAAAAAACUAACCUAAAUUGUUCACUGGUGGCUGCCUAUCUCUCCCCCCCCCAAGCUCUCAUAGCUAGUUUGAGAUUUUAGAUCAUGAAUAUAAUAAAACAAAUACUUCUGCAAAUCUGGUUUCUGCAUUACUUGUGCUCAGUCCCUGUGCAGAUACCAUGCUGAGCCCUUCCUCCAAUAUGGGUUUCUGAAAAUAUCCCAAUUUCUUAUCUCUUCCAUCCAGUGGGCCAUGGGCUUUGCUUCUUUCUUGCUGCCUUGGGCUCCCACCUGGUUCCGAGCCUUGUACAAGCCCAUCCAUGUCUUCUUUGGCUCUGCCAUCAUCCCUUUAGUUGUGGCCGCCUGCAUCUCGGGCAUCAAUGAGAAGCUUUUCUUCAAACUGUGAGUAGCAAAACAGAGAGGGCUUGAUAAUGGGAGGAGGAAAUAGCACGCGCUAAAAAGACAAUGGAGAAUAUGUUGCUGGUUAUUUACACUGGAGAGAGUUGGCAGUCUUCUGGGGUACAAAUAAUGAGGGAUGAAGAGGCAGCUGCUCAGCCUGGUCCAGAUCGAUAGCAGUCAUUAUAAGUUUGAAAGCAAUGAUAGCUUUGAGACCAGGAAUAAGGAACAUAUAGUUCGGCAACAUUUGAAAGGCCACUGGUUCCCCAUCCCUGUUUUAGAAGUACAGAAGGGAAAUGUGUCCACAAGGCAAUGGGGAACCUGAGAAUGCGGUUAAACCACAUGUAGCAGAAGCAGAUGGGAAUGUGGAGCUAGUGUCUGGAGGCUUGCAAUGUGAAGAUAGUGUUCUGCUCAAUAGGUCAUUGUACACAUUUCAUUGAAUAUAAGAUGUGCUCCAGCCUCGAGCCCAAAUGCAUUACUUGGGUGUCUGGGACAGCAGAAUGGCUGUUGGAGCAAAGCUACAUAUGGUGAAAGAGAUUAUGUGGCUUAAUAUAGAUUGUUGGCACUAUCCAGAUAUUUCCUUCUUUGUGGGUCUCUGGGGAGGUGUUUGUGGUGCUAUUGGCUUUUCAUCAAGCAUUUCUGCUUUUUGUCUGUACUUUUAGAACAAGCACAACCACACCCUACUCUCAGCUUCCUGCAGAGGCAUGGUUUGCCAACAUAUUGGGGAUGCUGAUCCUGGUCUUUGGGCUACUGGUUCUGUUUGCCCUUGCCAUGCCAGUAUGGAAGCGUCCAGAUGUGAAUUCGCAAGAUACCCAAGAGGUGGUAUUAUUAUUAUUAUUAUUAUUAUUAUUAGCCUUUAAUAUUUAUUUAUUUUACUACAACUAUUUCCUGUCUAUCCUUCAAGGCAUCACACAAGGUUUUCUGUCUCCCCCACUACAAUUUAUCCUAACAACAACCCUGUGAGGCAGGUUAGGCUAAGAGGGACUGGCCAAAGUCACCCACUGAGCUACAUGGCUGAGAGGGGAUUUGAACCUGGAUCUUCUUGGUCCUAGUCCAGCACUCUAGUCACUACACCAUACUGGCUCGAACCCACUGAUGUCUGUUGAGUUUAAAUGGUAGUGUGUACUAGCUUGGACAAAGUAGCGGAAGGAUGGGGGAAGAAUUUUUCAGAAAAUGAAACUCUUGUUCAACUGUUGUUAGGAUGAGAGCAGCGUAUUUUCGCUGUGUACAAACAAGAGUUCCAAAUAGAUUUGGUGCAUCCCAUGUUUACAUGUUUUUUUUCUGUCAUCCACAUGAUUUUAUCCUCCUUCAAGUAGAAACUUGCACCACCUCCCAAUAAUUCAGAUUUAUUUGAUACAUGAUAAUGCAGUAUUUGAUAAUGCAGUAAGGGGGGGGUGGGAAUCCAACAUAAAGCCACAUGCUACCCAAAUAUGAAUGUACUAAAGCACAUUAUGUGGGUGACACCCAUAUACAUACGUGUGUGAUGAUGUUUUGCUGGGUGUCAUGUUUUCAUCAUCACCUCUACUUCUGAUGACAAGGCUCAAUGGGCUUCUGGUGGGGCUGAGUAUGACCUCAUAUAUGCUUUUCCCCCCUUUCUUUUUUUAUAAAAAAAUCUGCUGUUUUCUGCAAAUCUGGUAUAUCAGAAAACUUGUAUCUAUAUUUCUUUUAAUGGCUGUGCACACGUAAGCAAAUACCUGUGCAAAUGCUCAUAAUGGACCGCAGGUGUCCUUAAGUCAGGGAGGGGUUCUAUAAAGUACUAAUGGGGAAGUACUAAUUGAGGAGAGGGGGGACAAUAACACAUAGUAUGAGUAUAGCCCAUCAAGAACUGACCGAUAGUAUGGACAGGAGACAUUAAACUUCAUUAGAUUUUGGGUUGUGGGUUUUUGGUUUUAUUUUAUACACACACACAUACGCAAAAAUGUUCAUUGCAUACCACCCUAACGAAGGAAAGAACUGAACAGUGGGGCGUAUUUUUGAGAUUUCAUUUUCGGUUAAUGAUAAGACAUGUUCCUUGUGGAUUAAUUAUUAGCCUGACUGGCUUCCAAAAGUUCUCUGUCCUCUUUCCCCAUAGCCUCCAUGGGUUUAUAUUGCAGAACAUUUGUUUUGACAACACAGACAUAGAAUGACACAUGUGUAUAGUAGUGGAACUUAUCCCUGGCAAAAGGAGCAACAGUAUGGGAGCUAAAUCCUAGAAACCUGGUCUGGAUUUUCUCUGCAAGAGGGCUAGACUGAACAUCAUAAGCAAUAGACAAUAUGUUCUGAGAGAGUUUAAUAUCUGAGAGUGAGAUAGAAAGCUUGUGGAAUCAAGCUUUAUUAUUUACUUCUGGUGUUCUUUUUCUACAGCCCUUGCUACAGGAGGAUAAAUGAAGCAGCAAACAGGAAGGAUUGUGAUCCAGACCUGUGUGGUGGCCUGUUCUCCACUGAGAUCUUCAACCGUUCUUGCUUCUGUUUUCAGUGCAAGAGUUGAAACUUUAAUUGUGGCACUGAAUUGUCUGGCCUUCUGGGUACUUUAUUAAUUCCCCCCACCCCACCCCACCCCGGCUUGCUCUUGCUGAGUUGUUGAGCUGCUGGAAAUCCAGGUAUCUCUGAACAAUUAAUUUCUUAGUUGCUAUUGUGCCAUUAUGACAAGUUCCCAGAUUUUUGUACUUCAUGGACUUAUUAGAAACCUAAAUUAUCAGAUGAAAUAAAUGAUUCCUUCUAAUUG